CCAGCAUCCGCAGCAUCAUCACCAGCACCACAGGCAGCAUCUAGCUAGCUAGUACGGAGUAGUAGCGAGCACAGCGAGAACUAACCAUCUUACAGAGAGAGAGUGGUCGAUCGAGAGAGAGGGAGAGGGAGAUGGAGGCGACGGCAGUGAGCCUGACCCGCACGGUCCUGGACGGGGUGCUGGGCAGCGCGGGCACGGCGAUGGCCGACGAGGCGGCCCUGCUGCUCGGCGUCCGGAGGGAGGUGGGCUUCAUCCGCAGCGAGCUGCAGAUGAUGCAGUCCUUCCUGCGGGUGCAGUCCUCCGCCACGCGCUGGGGCGCCGACGGCGGGGGCUGCAGAGACACGGUGCGCACGUGCGUCAAGCAGGUGCGCGACCUCGCGUGCGACCUGGAGGACUGCCUCCUAGACUUCACCCUGCACGCCUCCCGCUCGCGCUGGCUGCGCUGGGGCCCCGGCCUCGCCGCCCGCCACCGCGUCGCCGGCCGGAUCCGGGGCCUCAAGGCCACCGUCGUGGAGCUCAACCAGCGCAACGAGCGGUACAACGUCUUCGCCGCCGCCAGCCACCACGGCGCCACGCCGGGGGAGGAGCAGCACGGGCACGCCGACGACGACUACCCGCGCGCCCAGCUCGCGCCCGGGAGCGAGCGGCAGGACAUCGAGCGGGCCGGCGAGAUGGACGACCUCGUCAGACUGGUCAACAAGAUGGGCGACGCGUGGGUGGUGUCGGUGUGGGGCAUGGGCGGGAUGGGGAAGUCGUCGCUGGUGAGGAUGCUGUACAACGACAUGGCCCUCAUCGACGGCUUCGACGGCCGCGCCUGGGUCACCGUGCCGCACCAGCUGGAGAGCGCCGACGAGGUGGAGCGCCGGCUCAGGAAGCAGCUCGGCGUGGCGCGCGACCGCUCCGUCCGGGCGUGGCUGGAGGAGAACCGGUGCCUCGUCGUGGUGGACGACGUGUCGUCGCACGAGGAGUGGGAGCUCAUAUCGCGGUGCCUCCCCGCGAACGGCCCGACGGGCAGCCGGGUCGUGGUGACCACGCGGCGAGACGACGUUGCCCGGCAGUGCGCGGGGGACGUGCGGGAGAACGUGUACGAGCUCAAGCCUCUCGAAGACGAGGAGGCCCGAAAACUCUUCUGUCAAAAGGUUUACAAGGAUGCUGGAUAUAAGUUAAUGGAUGAUAUGAUGGAGCAAGCUAGUCGUAUCUUAGAGCGAUGCCGGGGCCUUCCACUUGCUAUAGCCACCAUAGGAGGUUUAUUGGCUAACAGGCCCAAAACAAGCAGGGAAUGGAUGGAUUUGCGAAAGCAUCUUGGGUCAGAGCUAGAGUCAGACCGAGAUAUCAAAAGAGUUAUCACCUCAAGCUAUGACGGGCUGCCAUAUCAUCUCAAGUGUUGCUUCUUGUACCUGAGUAUCUUCCCUGAGAACCAUGAGAUUAGGCUUACGCGCUUAUUGCGGCGGUGGAUAGCAGAAGGCUAUAUAACAAAGCCACGUGACAUGAGCGUCGAGGAACUUGGACGGAGGUACUACAAUGAGCUCAUCAGUAGAAGUAUGAUCCAGCCUUCAGAGAAUGCCAGGGCCAGCAUGGCGGUUGAACGUUGUCGUGUUCAUGGCGUGGUGCUCCAAAUAAUAUUGUCCCAGUCUAUUGAGGAGAACCAACUCUUCAUCAUGGAUAAGCAUUGCAAUGAGGCUCCACAAGGUAACAUACGCCACUUGGUAGUGACGAGAUGGAAGAAAAAUGAGAAGAUGGCAAGCCUAAACUUGUCUCAGGUACGCUCAUUGACAAUCUUUGGGAGGUGCCCUGUGUCCCUCAUCUCCUCCAAAUUGCACUUUUUGAGAGUUCUUGACUUGGAAGAUACACUUGAGUUAGAGAAUGACGAUCUCAAGCACAUCGGGGAGCUGCACCAUUUAAGGUACCUUGGUCUGCGAAAGACAAACAUUUCGAGACUUCCUUCCUCUCUAGAGAACCUUAGGUUCCUAGAGACAUUAGAUGUUCAAGACACAAAGGUGACACAGCUCCCAGUUGGUAUCACCAAGCUGGAGAAGCUAUGUCACCUUGUCGGUGGCGUCAACUUUGCCAAAGACUUGGCAGGGAAGACGAGGAAAAACAAGGAAGCAGGUAAAUGUAAUGGUGACCCCUUUGAAACAGUGGCAGACUUGGUAACCGGGUGCUAUGGUUACAAGCAGGUUGAGCCUUCAUGCUCAUGUUGCACAUGUGAGUUUAGUGUAACAGCCCCCGAGAGAAUCGAGAAGCUAAGGAACCUACAAGUGCUAGGGGUGGUGCACAUUGCGCGUGGAAGCAAGGUGGCAAAGAACUUGGGGGAGCUGACUAGCUUGCGCAGAUUAGGAGUGGAUGUCGAUGCGACCGAGGAAGUAGGGAAGGACUUGUGCAGCUCAAUAUCAAGGCUUGUUCAUCUGGAACGGCUUGAAGUGCGCUCUAGGUCGCUUGAAUUUCUGAAGGAAGCAAAGAAAGCAGAGGAAAUGCCACCAAAGCAUCUCCUAUCACUGCGCCUGUGUGGCCGUUUGGGCAACCUCCCUGGCUGGAUGGAUCGUCUCAAGGAUCUGGCCAAGGUAAAGCUAAUUCAGACACAGUUGAAGCAGGUUGACGUCGAGGUGAUGGGGAAGCUGCGCAACCUUACUCUUCUUGCACUCUGGGAGGAGUCCUUCGCCGAGAAGAUGUUAUGUUUUGGGGAAGGUACAUUUCCGAAGCUCAAACUGCUUUACAUUGAAGGGAUGGAGAACAUCGAGAGCAUACAAAUCAAGGAUGGUGCAUUGGCCGUGCUCGAGAAACUUGAAGUGAAGAAAUGCGUUAACUUGGACGACAGUAAGGAGGGCUUGUCCCUUGUGCUGGUCCUCCAAAACCUGAAUGAACUAGUCUUGACAAGUUGCGGCGACAAACCGAAGCUGGAGAAGGAACUUCAAAAGCAGAUUAGUGGAUUUAAGAAGCGCCCCAAGUUUAUUACUGGAAAGUCCAUUGUAUCUAGGAGUUAGCUUACGCGCUACCUCUGUUCUGAUGUAGAUGAUGCACACAAGUUUAUUUGUACUCUCCAGAUAUAGUAGAAAUAGAUUUCUCAUGUAAUUUCGUAAAGGAAUGUAAUGUGUUUUGAUACUUUUUUUCCAAUGAAGAUCUGGCAUGUAUAGCAUUUUUUUGGUAAUAUCAGUAUCACAAGUUUGAACGUAUUCUUACGCAAAUUAGCCGGCAGAGUUGCUUGGCGAAGGUCAAGUUCCAGAGCGGAAUUUUUGCUUGGUGAACUUCAUCUACGUUGUUUAUCAUUGACUGUCUGGUACUGGCAUUGCCAGGUUAUUCACAGAUAAGAGCGCAUCAAUUCAAGCGUGUACUU